ACAUCAGCCGCGCAUUCCUCGCUCUGCACCUCCGGCUUUUCCUCUCAAGGCUGCAUCGAGAAUGUCAGCUGCAAUUUGUUUCCUGCUCGUCUCCGUGCUCGUCUUCGCCGCCCCUGCACCCGCUUUCGAUGACACUUCAGACGAGUUGCAGGAUUACGAGCUGGAUGACGUGGUCGGUUUCGCCUCUUUCGAUGUCGAUCCAAAUUUGGAAAGCGAAUCGGAAAACGAAAUUCUGCCUGUCAACCCAAUGAUUAUUUUGCCUUUGCCCCUUCCGCGCGUUGCCAAAAAGGCCCUGACGGCCCUGGCGCGCUGGAGGCCGUUCGGCUCGUACGUGGAGGCGGCCGCGUCGGCCGUGGCCGCCAGCGUGGCCGGCCCCGAGAAACUGGACCUGAUCAGCGCAGAGCCGCGGGCCCGCGGCCGCCUCGGCCGGGAGCAGGGCUUGCGGCCGCGUGGCCGCUUGCAGCCGCUUCGCUUCGGCCGCCGCAAACGCACCGACGGCCGCCAACGCAGAGGCCGCAACACGCCGCACGAAUGGACUUUGGAUUGAAAAUUAAUCAAUAAAUAAUAUUCCGCCAGACAAAAUUACAU